GACCCCUCACCGACCCGUCACCGACCCGUCACCGACCCCUCACUGCCUGACCCCGCUGCGCCCCGCGGGCGAUGACGGCCGAAGUGUGGACGGGCUAGCCGGGGUCACCCCUUGCCUCCUCGGGGUUCUGUGUGGCUGGAGGGUGCCCUCAAAGCGAUACACGCGGGAGGGGACGGCAGGAAAGGGCCUUCUCCGGGAACCCUCCGUGUGUCCCGUCAGCCACGUGUAGGGGGACCGGCCGUCCCGAGCUCCGCCUGCGCGCCCUCAGUGCUUACUGAAAAGGAUGGGAAUGGAGCUGGGACACAUCCUAUUUUCUUUUUGCUUGAAGUAGCCACCAGGCCUGCUGACUUUACUUUGCUAAUCCAGUGUAGUUUCUGUGUAUUUGGUAAUCCUCUGAAAACUUCUCUUCUAUGAACUUCAUGUGUCACUUUGACGCAUUGUGAAAUCCCGGCUUUUGAGGUGUCAGGGCACAAGGCCAGACAUUUAGUAUCUUUCCAGUCUAUGAGAUCAGGACUUCUCUACCUCCAGACAGGUGGUUGCAGCCCCUUCCAGGUGAUUUUCAUUACGGUUGCACACCGCUGGCCAGCUUUUCUCGGUGUGUGCUGCAAACACCGUGGAUGAUGAGCUGCGUAUCUCAGAGACUGACUUGGGCAGAUUGGAAAAAACGCAGAGAACUAGAUUUAACUCCAUUUCGUGCUCUCUGCCUUUUGUUCAAGGUUACUCUUAGAAUAAAAUCUUUUCUGAAGUUGCACAUACGCUUUUUGUUUUCUUGGUAAAAGAUCUAAAGGGCUAACACUCUUCCUAGUGAUGAAUGGCAUGGCUUUCCAGUUGUAUUUCUAUUCCAUGGCCUUUUAGCAGUCUUUCCUACUGUUUUCUCAUCACCUGUUCUACACAUGCCAGAGGCACUGUGGGUUUCUGUGCUUCUCAUCCUCCUACAGAACUUUCAGGGUUGCUUUUGGACUUGAAAGCAGUGAACUUUCUGGAAGGGAUAGUAAAGGGAUUUCAAAGAGUAGAACUGUCUUCCUUGAAGAAAUUUACAAGUCUUGUACACAUAAACUCACUUUAAGAGUUUUCUGAUGUAGUUCUUAAGCAUGAGAAUGUCUUCAUGCUAGUAACCUGAGUCACUAUAUGCAUUCAGAAAAAUAUAUUGAAUUUUGGAGGCGUUUGUAAUAGGUGUAUGUAAUAUUUUUAGCAUAUGUUCUGAGUUACCUCUCCUUGCAAAACAUCACAGUUACUUCUUGGUUCCUAAGGCUUUAAUUUACAAACCAAAAGGAAGGCUAUGAAAAAAAUCAACAAAAAGAUUAUUAAUAGAUAAAAGAUGUCUAUGGCAGUAUGCCUUUUUAUCUCCUGAAACAAUGGCAAAUUCUUCAUCAGCAGAUUUAUCUGUGCGGGUGUGGUUUCAUGGGCAUGGAUUUAGUCCUUUCACAUGCCAGUAGGGGCUCACUGAACAGAAAAUCAAAAAAUUUCAACUUUUGACUAAAAAGCAGAAACUUUGCUGUUCAGUUUCAGCUUUCAGCUGUUUCAGUUUCUUAGUGUCAAAGCAUAGAUGUGUUUUUGCUUAAGGGGUAAUAGCAAACCAAAUUACUGUAUGUAUCAUUCAGUUAAUAAAAAAAAAAAUUGUGUAUUAAGGAGUGAUUGCAAAUUUCUACCAUUUCUACCAAAAAUGAAUUGUUGGCUAGGACCUAAAAUGGGUCUAUGUAUUGUUAGAGUUAUUGUUAUGGUUCUGUGUAUUGUUAGAGCAUUGUGGCUAGAAACUGUGUUAUCUGUCUGGACAUACAGUCAUUUCUAUAAUAAAUACUUUAAAUAAUUUGUAAUUUAAUAAUGUAAAUAUUCUUAAAGCAUUUGUGUUCUAUUCAACAAAAUCUAUGGGAAGAAUAAUGAUUUUGGUUUUACUAGGUAGAUAGACUGUGGAAUUCUCUUGUGUGAGGCUAAUGUCUCAGGUGGGUCUUUUGGCUGUGAACAAUUCCCUGUUCGGCCAGCCUGGCCUGAGAAGCCAGCAAGUCAAUAAAUGAUACUCUGGAAAAGCCAGAUAAGAGAUGUCCUUAGGUGUGUGCUGUGUCAGAGGAAUGGCAAUGUUAUCUCACAGUGCUAGGAUAAGGUACCAUUUUUCCAGCAAGAAGGAAGAAGCUGUUUUAGGAGACUUCAUCUUGAAAGCUCUGCUAAAGCAGAAGGAAGGGUUGAAGGGGAGGAGACUGCCAGUUCUGGAGCUCUCCUUGUAAUGCAGGGAAUGAGAAGAAAAACCAUGGGCAGCUCCACUUGAAAUUACUCAAAAUGUUUACUCACUAUUCAGGUGGCCAUAGCUCUUGGUGACUUCUGCAUAAUGCAGGUGUGUCCCUGUCUCCAGGCUCAGUUAAAGACAUUGCUCGUGUGGUGGUUCUUAGGCCAGAUGCAGGGAAAAUGGGUUUCUUGAGCGAAGGCUCUUUCUCAGAUUUCUCCAGUGCUUUUCACGUGCUGAGUCCUUUCAAGCAAUUCUUCCACGAGGUGGCACCGUUCCCUGGGAGAGGCUGCUGCGCUGCCUGGGGUCAAAGGGCUCAGGGAUGCUUCCGGGCAGAACCCACUUCAGCAGCUUUCUGAAAAUGGCUGUACUUUUCCGUUCUUUCCGUGUCUCUUUGGAGCUUCCUGACUGCUUUAAAAUGGACGAUGAUGAUGACAUCCCCCAGCUUUCAUCCCAUACGUUGGCUGCCCUCCAGGAGUUCUAUUUGGAGCAGCAGCAGAGAGAAGGCAUGAAGACCUCCCAAGGGUUUAAUCAAUAUUCCAUUGGCUCAAUAGAAGAAGACUGGCAACUGAGCCAGUUUUGGUACAGUGAUGAAACUGCAUCGUGCCUGGCUAAGGAAGCAGUUCUGGCAGCAGGAAAAGGUGGCAGGAUAGCGUGUGUCAGUGCACCGAGUGUGUACCAGAAACUGAAAGAACAGGACAGUGAAGAUUUUUCUGUGUGUAUACUGGAGUAUGACAGAAGGUUUUCUGUGUAUGGAGAAGAAUUUAUUUUCUAUGAUUACAACCACCCUUUGGACUUACCUGAAAAUGUCCUGCCACACAGUUUUGACAUCGUAAUAGCUGAUCCACCCUAUCUAUCUGAGGAAUGUCUUCAAAAGACUGCAGAGACCAUCAAAUAUCUAACAAAAGGAAAGAUUCUGCUUUGUACAGGUGCAGUCAUGGAGGAACAGGCAGCAAAGCAUCUUGGUGUGAAGAUGUGCAAGUUUAUUCCAAAACACUCACGAAAUUUAGCCAAUGAAUUUCGAUGUUAUGUGAACUAUGCUUCUGGACUGGACUGAUUCUCCUAAGAUCAUCUACAGAUCUACAACAAGUCAAGCUUCUUUCUGUUUUUUAUCAGUUACACCACAUUUCUCAGGGCUGAAAUAUCCAGUUCUGAGUACUGUUUUCUGGGAUAUCUGGAAUCAACAGUGUGAUAGCCUCUCUCUUUUAAAUGAGUAAGCAUUUGCAGUUACUGUGUUUCAUAUUAGGUAAAUGCAGACCAAGCAAUGCAGGUGCUGGAUAAUGGGAACUUCUCUGUUAGAGUUUCAUUUAAUGGUAGCUUUUACCAUUUGAGGACACAUCAGUGAGCUCUUAGAAGUGAUUUUAGCUUAUAGCAACACAUAGGUGUUUGCCUUGCAGGCAUCAGAAUCAUCAUUGCCAAAGAGUUUGAUACUUCUGUAGUAAUGUGGCCCAUACAUGUCCCUUAAAUCUUGAACCACAAUGGCUCUUAUUAAGUGUAGUGCCUGCUUUUUAAUAAUUUCAAUAUCAAACUAAAGAGGAUCUGCAGGUAUGUCAAGUUUAUAGUUACAAGAAUGGUUUUUUUUCAGUUGUCUGGUUUUAUCUUUUUCUCCUGUUCUACAGACAGCAGCAGAGCAGUAGAAUAGAAGCAUCUUAAAAAUCAUUGAAUCUUACAAGGCCACUGAGGAAUAACAUAUUGAUAAACUCCCACUGUUUCAAAUAGAAAAGUGUUAGAUUUAUAUUCAAGGUUUGGAUUAUAUGUUAGUCAAAAUAGAUGAUAUACUGGAAAAACUUUGCAUAAGUAGAGAUUUUUGAUAAUUGAGAAUUUUAAAGCCAGUUUUGACUAACCUUUUAACUAUACUACUAAAGUACUUUUGGCUGAAGUUCAUAAAUUUCAAGGCACUCAACACUUAUAAUCUCUAAAAACACUCUACAAAACACAAGCACUUGUCUUUGUAUGCCACACUGUGUAAAGGCUAACCGAAAUGCUGCAUCUACAAACUGAAUCACAUGAAAUCAAGUACCAAAUUUAUUUUGUGGUGGGAAUAAACCUAAUUAAGCUUGUGAUAUGAGACUUUUUAUAAGGCAAUGAUAAUACUCAUCUUUCUGCUGUUUGAAUGCAGAUUUUCCCAUCUAGUGGAGUAAACAGCUGACCAGAAAUAAUAUAGAUGGAUUAUAAUCCUCCCUCAGAGAGGCACUUAGAGAAUGGUGCUGUCUGAGCUGGACACAACUGUGAAUCAUAAAUAUCCACCCAAGCCACUGUAGCUCUCCUCCCUAUUUUCCAAGAGAUCUGUUUGCUUCCCAAGGCUUUGCCCUCGUCAUAUUUUAUACCUGCUGCUUCUUUGCUGCAUGUAGUGUUCCAUGGUAACAGUUUUCUUCUUCUUUGACAUGCCUUGGUUUCUGUCAGACUGGUCACAGGUGUUGUUAAAAUGAGGGAAGUGCAGCAGAGGAAGCGCUCGCAGGGAGAACAGGCACUGGCCUCUCCUUUCUGGUCUGUGAGCCCAUGGCCCAUACAGUCUUGCCUUUCAAACCAGAUGCCAUCCUUGCUGCUGAGCCAGAGCUCCUCUGGAAAUGACUGUCCACAGGUGAAAUACAUCUGGGUUUAGGUGUUUUCCAGGAGGCUACACCAUCACUUUUAUGUGGCCAGAUUGAAAAUAAAGGAAAUCACAAUGGUAAUUGCAUAGCUGCUGGCACUAAGCUGUACUUUAAACUGGUUUAUUACCUCAGUGUCUUCAUACCAAACAGAUGGAGACAAUGAAGUAACUCGUGAAACUUUGUUUUUAACUACACAGAAACUUCAAGUGGGACAGGUAUGAUUGCUGGAAGGGAUGAUACUGUUUCCUGCCACCCACCUAAAUUAGAAUGUUCAAAUUGAAGCCUCACCUGCUUUGCUGCUUGGCUCACUUCAUUUUGGUAAAUGUGUUAUUGGGCUCCCCAUAGCAAGAGUUAAAAGUCAACUUGGCUAACUUCAUCAGAGGUAUUUCUUAAAAAGUGCACCAUUCAGUUGUAUCAAGAAGUUCAAUUCCAAGAAAAUCACUGCUGCUUCUCACAUGUAGGUCAGACCACUUUGAAAAGGGGCACUGUGAAGAUGCAUAGUUAUGGAAUUAAGGGUACAUGAAAAUCUGUGCAGAUGCAUUCAACACAGCAGCCUGUUGUCCACCAGCUUCCCUCUUAAAAGCCUGGAGAGUGCAGGCAGCUGCCCAAGCAGAGCUUGACUAGUGGCAUUUACAGCCUUCAUCAGUGAUAGGAGGUAAACUAUUUUUGUCAUACUUGAUUCCUGUUUCUGAGAAGGGUACAAGUCACAAAUAUCCAUAGUGAAUUUGUAUUUUGUGCCAGUGUGGUAACUUUAAGAAAUAGUAUGUGACAGCAAAACCCCCUUUUCUUCUGUAACAGGAUUGUGAAUAAAAAUAUCAGUGUCAAGUA